UCUUUUCAAUACUUGUUCAUUCUUGCAUGGUGGAUUCAACCCUAGCCUUAGAAUCUUCCUCCGCCAUCAAUCCACUGCCAGGCAUAAACCUCAUGUCGUCCUGCGUUCAUCGGCUGUGAAGGUAAAAAUGAAAUUGUUCUAGCCGAAACCAGUGUAACAAAGCUGUCGCCAAGAAUGCAACGGAAGGCAGUUGAUGAAAAGAAUAUGUGC